AUGUCCUCAGACGAAUAUGGUUCAUCUAGCAAGAGAACACGAGCCUCGGGGGAGGUAUUGGAUUACUUGUUGCUAGAGUUUGAGAACAAUCAUAAUCCAUCUCCGGAGCAGAGGAAGGAGAUAAGCGAUCGAACAAAUAUGACAGAAAAGGCAGUUAGGAUUUGGUUUCAGAAUAGAAGGGCCAAAUUACGGAAGUUUGAGCGUAUGGGAAGAGGAAGCGCUGCCAACGAGGGUGGCAAAAGACACACCGCCAGUAUACAUUCAAGCAGAUCAAAUAGCUUCAAUGAGCCAAAUAGAAGUCCUGGAAGAACACUCACACCCACGAUUCCUAGUAUUCCCAUAGAAAUAAAUGAGAAGUACUGUUUUAUUGACUGUUCUUCAUUGUCCGUCGGAUCGUGGCAGAGAAUUAAAUCAGGGUAUCAUGAGGAAACGUUGUUGAGAAAUAAUUUGGUCAACUUAUCGCCGUUCACAUUGAAUAACAUUAUGGCAAACGUAGAUUUGUUGGUACUUUUGUCAAUGAAGAAUUUUGAGAUCAAUUACUUUUUUAGUGCUGUGUCUAACAACUCCAAAAUUCUAUUUAGGAUUUUUUAUCCAAUUUCGAGUAUACUAAGUUGUUCAUUGUUGGACAAUAACAUAAACAAAGAAAAUAAUGAAUUGAGAAUUAGUCUAUCCCAUCAGCCUAAGUUUUCGGUUUAUUUCUUUAACGGUGUGAAUGCGAAUUCAAAUCAAUGGUCGAUAUGCGAUGACUUCAGUGAAGACCAACAAGUGAGUUUAGCCUAUUGUAACGAGGGUGGAAGCUCCAUUCCACAUGUCUUAGUUGGUGUUAAAAACUCUUUGCAGUUUUUAAACUCAUUCAUAUUAGAAAAUAAUCAAAUACCGCAUCGGUCUUCAAAUUUUCAUCCGCAUAUUCAGUUAAGUGAUCCUAAUAAUUUAGAUAAUGAGGGUCAAUCUACUGGUAAUUUUCAAUUCACUACUAAAGAGCUGACUGUAUGGAAUAGCAGCGACAGGUCCCCAUUAGGGGGCCGCGAUUCUAACCCUUCUCCAAAUUCAAUGACUAGUAGUAACAAUCCACAAUCGAAUUUAAUUCCCAACGAGGAUGAUGAAUUAAUAUCUACAAAUCAUUCACAAGAAAGUAACCAAAACUAUCCUUAUAAUGAUAUGUUUACUGGUAACACUCCGGAUUUUUUUACCACAGGCCAAGCCUCUGAGAAUCCUAUUAUGCAUAAUACUGACCGCAAUUCCAACGACAAUAAAGAGAAUAAUAAUAUGGACGAUGACGAAAAUUUGAUAAACAGCCCUUCUACCAAUUUGCAGUCUUAUACACAUGAACACCACUCGCCGUUCAAUAACCUAUCUAGUUCGGAGAACUUUGCUGACGUUCAUUCUUCAUCAGGGAAUGAUCAGCCAUUUGAUUUUACUAUUGGGAAUGACUUUUCAACUAAUGAUAAUAUAGACAAUGCGAAUAAUCCCCCAUCAAAUGCGUCAUCCAGUAGUAAUCAAGUGGACAGUUUUAUAGAUUACAACAGUGGUUAUCAUUAG